AUGGGUGACAUGAAUGCACAUGUGGGAAUACUGGGGGAACAGGUGAACAGGAAUGGUGAAAUGCUUGGAGAGUUCCUUGAUGAACUGGGGCUGGAAAAUCUGAAUGUUACUUUGGCUGAGGGGCGCACCGAGAGAGGACUGGAACGGGUGGAGCCUAUUUUGAAGUUCCACGUGGGAUCAACUCUCCUCCACUGGGCGGCAUCGAAGGGUUACGAUGACCUGGUGGUUGACCUCCUUGUUCGGGGCUUGUCUGUGGAUGCUUGUGAUCGGUUGGGCCGCACUCCACUGGGGCUGGCCACCUUUGCCGGCCACACUAGUAUUGUCAACACCCUGCUGCAGGAGAACGCCUCUCUUUCUGCUGAAGACAAGGACUGGAGGAUAAUAUCUCGUGAGGAGGUUGGUCUCUGCAUAGUUCGGGUCAUUGAAGAAACUGCCGUGUGUUCUCUUGACGCGGCCAGGUCAGACGGCUUCACCCUGCUCCACCUGGCUGCCCAGCAAGGCUACCCGAACAUGAUGCAUCGGCUUCUGUCCCUGAAGGUAUCACCAGACGUACGCAACAACCAAGGCGAAACCCCGCUGUUUGUCGUGAUCCGGAACAACCAGCUGGCCUGCGUUCAACAGCUGAUUAAUGCUGGCACACGUCUGAACCUCGUCGACAACCGCGGGGGGUCAGCUCUGCACAUGGCGGCCAAGAACGGAAAUGUGACGGUAAUUGAUAUGCUCCUGAUAUGCUGCAAUAAGAUCGGUUAUACGCCUGUUUACUACGCCAUCAAUGCCAGCAGGUACGACAUUGUGCAGCGGUUCCUCGAGUACAGCCUGGUCCGCAAGGUGCAUUGCAAGGCGACAAACGGCGAAACACUCCUGCAAUUUUACACCGAACGGAACAACUUGGGGCAGUACGACAAUGCAGUGGUGUGCGUGCUGGAGUGCGAGAAGCUCCUGCACUCAACCAAGCCUAGCGCGGAGAUGUGUCUUCGCGUGCAACUGGGAACGACAGAGGCCAGUUCGAAGGCCCGCGCUCAGCUGCAGGCCAUGUACGAGUCGACGAGAGCACAACGCCACUGCUAAUUUUGGUUCUUUCUCUCUUGUUUUCUGCUUCCGUCGGUUUUUUACUACCUAGACGUGUACACCGACAUUCUGCUGGCGGUGGAGUACCAUCAAGAUUACCUGAAGAGCAUCAAUGACUCCGAUGUGGUGGGGACGAGGAACAUGACGAGUGCUAAUCAUUCGCUGUCCGAGGAGAUGGUGGUGCUGGUGGAUGGCGAGGAGGAGGAAGCAGAAGGAUUCCUCGCCAACCUAACAGACAACCCAGACAAGAUCAAUUUCCUAUUCACCGUUUUCUUCAUCCUGCUGCCAAUUACCCUGUUGUCCACUUGGAAUCUGUACAUUCAUGUGACGCAGCAAGAUAUCCUUCCCAUUUUCAAACUGCUACCUUCGUUUUUGCGUGUUGAUAACAAAGAGAGGCACAACCCGCCAGUGGACUCGAAAUCGUACAACAGCUUUCCCCCCCACGGGCCUACCAAGACCUACCGGCACCACAUGAGGGACAUGGAGAUCAGAAAAUAUUAUGACUUUAAGCAUGUCGUGCAGAUGAGGGUCGCAAUCACCAACGUCAUGGAGGCCACACUCGAGUCGGCCUUUCAGUUAAUUCUGCAGCUGUAUAUCGUUGGGAGGCAUUACACUGAGUUGGACCAGGUUAAGGACGUGACACUGGGCAGCAUCCUGUCUUUGUCACCACUGGGCCACAACACACAGCGUUCCAAACCGGUGUUCUCUGUCCUCAUCUCCCUUGUGUCCCUCACCUGGUCCUUCACAUCCUACCACAGGUUCUCCAAACUCGGAGGGCUGACUAUUUUAAAUGCACUGCCCCUCCUGUUCGCAAUAUUCUUCCAGGUGGUGUCCCGCGCCAUCGCCUGUACAGUGUUCACCCUGGCACACACGUGGAAGGUGUUUGUGGUGUUGGGUGUACACUUUGUGGUGGUGCUGGUGUUUAAACUCAAGCUGGAGGAGAGUUCAGUGUUGCCAGUACGCACACCGUUUUACUGUUGCCAGUGUUUUUUCAUGUACCUGCGUCCAUAUUUCUACGUUUUCCUUGGCACCAUUGCUUCUACGCUAGUGUACUUCAGGUCGGAGAGGCCCUCGGCUGUCAAAAAGCAGAGGGCGCGUCGUCAUUCAACCGUAGUGAUACAGGUGUUGUUUUUAGUCCUAGCCUUCAUCGAGAACCUAGUGAUGCUUGGCUUGCCUUGGGGAUCUGCUGGCUGGACGACAAAUACUUUCAUCAUACGACACUUUAAAUACGACACUUUCAUCAUAAUUUCUGCUGUCCUGUGUGCCAUCAGCUACCUCACUGGCGUUAUACUACAUGCUGUGUACUAUAGCUGCUUCGGCCAUCCAUGGGUGGACAUCAACAGACCAUCAGUGCACUGGGACGCAGACGAGGGGACCCUGGUAUUGUCACAUUACCAGCAAGGCAAGGUGUCAAAAUGGGCCAUAAAUUCUUGUUGUAACAUUGAACAUCACACAGAAAUGCCAUCUGAUUUAAUGCCUGGCUUUAUUUUAGGUAAAGAUAUGGCCAGAAGCAAGGAGGUGCACUGGGAUAACUUGUAGAGGCCCUGGGGGGGAUUGUAGAGUCAGUGGGGGACUUCUGGUGACUCUGGGGAGAUUGUGGAGCCUCUGGGGAGAUUGUGGUGACUCUGGGAAGAUUGUGGUGAUGCUUGGGGAGCUUCUGAAGACUCUGGUUAACCUGUGGAAGCCCUGGGUAGCUUUUGAAGGGUCUUGUUAACCUGUAGAAGCCCUGGGUAGCUUGUGAAGGGUAUAGUUAACCUGUGGAAGGCCUGGUGGGCUAGUAUAGGGUCUGGUUAACCUGUGGAAAGGUUGGUGGUCUUGUAAAGAGUCUGGUUAACCUGUGGAAGGCCUGGGUAGCUUGUGAAGGCUCUGGUUAACCUGUGGAGGCCCUGGGUAGCUUGUGAAGGGUCUGGAUAACCUGUGGAAGGCCUGGUGGGCUUGUGAAGGUUUUGGUUAACCUGUGGAAAGCAUGGUGGGCUUGUAAAGGCUCCCCUGUGGGAGCCCUGGGUAGCUUCUGAAGGCCCUGGUUAACCUGUGGAAGGCCUGGUGGGCUUGUAAAGGCUCUGGUUAACCUGUGGAAGGCCUGGGUAGCUUGUGAAAGGUCUCGUUAACCUGUGGAAGCCCUAGAUAGCUUGUAAUGGCUCUGGUUUACCUGUGGAAGCCUUGGGUAGCUUGUGAAGGGUCUGGUUAACCUGUGGAAGCCCUGGGUAGCUUGUGAGGGGUCUGCUUAACCUGUAGAAGCCCUGGGUAGCUUAUGAAGGGUCUGCUUAACCUGUGGAAGGCCUGGGCAGCUUGUGAAGGGUCUGGUUAACCUGUAGAAGCCCUGGGUAGCUUUUGAAGGGUCUGGUUAACCUGUGGAAGGCCUGGGCAGCUUGUGAAGGGUCUGGUUUACCUGUAGAAGCCCUGGGUAGCUUAUGAAGGGUCUGGUUAACCUGUGGAAGGCCUGGGCAGCUUGUGAAGGGUCUGGUUAACCUGUGGAAGCCCUGGGUAGCUUGUAAAGGGUCUGGUUAACCUGUGGAAGGCCUGGUGGACUUAUGAAGGGUCUGGUUAACCUGUGGAAGGCCUGGGCAGCUUGUAAAGGGUCUGGUUUACCUGUAGAAGCCCUGGGUAGCUUAUGAAGGGUCUGCUUAACCUGUGGAAGGCCUGGGCAGCUUGUGAAGGGUCUGGUUAACCUGUGGAAGGCCUGGUGGGCUUAUGAAGGGUCUGGUUAACCUGUGGAAGACCUGGGCAGCUUGUAAAGGGUCUGGUUAACCUGUGGAAGGCCUGGGCAGCUUGUGAAGGGUCUGGUUAACCUGUGGAAGGCCUGGGCAGCUUGUGAAGGGUCUGGUUAACCUGUGGAAGGCCUGGGCAGCUUGUGAAGGGUUUGGUUAACCUGUGGAAGGCCUGGGCAGCUUGUAAAGGGUCUGGUUAACCUGUGGAAGGCCUGGGCAGCUUGUGAAAGGGGUCUGGUUAACCUGUGGAAGGCCUGGGCAGCUUGUAAAGGGUCUGGUUAAUCUCUAAAUGACUGUUACAAUGUUCAGACUGCCAUAAUUCUGAAAUGACUCAAUUUGUGAGCAGCUGGUGAAUCUGUGUGUGUGUGUGUGUGUGUGUGUGUGUGUGUGUGAGAGAGAGAGAGAGAGAGAGAGAGAGAGAGAGAGAUUGUGUGAGUGUGUGUGUACUACUACUACCACCACCACCACCACCACCACCACCACCAUCACCAGCACAAAAGAAUUCAAAGGAAGAAACAAAACCACAGCCCCAAACAAACAAACAAACAAACAAACAAACACCACAGCAAGUGACCUCACCAGGGCCACAGCAUUCAGUGAGGGGUCAAUCUAGUCACAGAAAGGUCACAGGAAGGUCACAGCGAGGCCUAACCUAACCUUACUUGUUCAAACACACACACACACACACACACACACACACACACACACACACACACACACACACACACACACACACACACACACACACACACACACACACACACACACUCUCUCUCUCUCUCUCUCUCUCUCUUCCAUUGAGAUGUGUAUAUAUUAGUAUAAGUGUGUGUGUGUGUGUGUGUGUGUGUGUGUGUGUGUGUGUGUGUGUGUGUGUGUGUGUGUGUGUGUGUGUGUGUGUACUUUUUCCUUACAUAGAGAGAGAAAGUUAUUAUUAUUAUUUUCAUUCUUCUUCUUCUUCUUCUUCUUCUUCUUCUUUCGUAUUAUUGUUCCUAUUAUUAUUGUCCCUAUUAUUAUUAUUAUUAUUAUUAUUAUUAUUAUUAUUAUUAUUAUUAUUAUUAUUAUUAUUAUUAUUAUUGUGACAGCAUUUAAUCGCAUAAUUUCCGAGGCUGUGUGUGUGUGUGUGUGUGUGUGUGUGUGUGUGUGUGUGUGUGUGUGUGUGUGUGUGUGUGUGUGUGUGUAUGUAUGUGCGUGCGUGCGUGCGUUCCAUUUCGUCUAACACUUAUAAUUCCAAGUAGUCAGGAUUAGUUCGUUUAAGUUUUAAUCUUCACUACUACUACUACUACUACUACUACUACUACUACUACUACUAUUUUGUGUGUGUGUGCGUGUGUGUGUGUUUUAAUUGUUUAUUUGUUUGUUUGUUUUCAAUAUUGCAAAGAAAAACGCAUUUAUUUUUUUUACUUUAGAGAGAGAGAGAGAGAGAGAGA